CUUCCCGGCUGCCGUUAGUUCCGGUGGGAGCGGCGGGGAAGGGGGGGGGCGGCGGGACCGGGCUGCGCGGCGGGGCCGCAGUACAUGGUCACUGUCAGCUUCUGGCCAUCCCAAUAAUGAAAUCAGAAACUAAGGAUGGAGAAGAGGAAAGCCUGCAGACAGCAUUCAAAAAGCUAAGAGUUGACACAGCUGGAUCUACUGCUUCUCUCUCUGUGGGUGAAGGGACAAGUUCAAGAGCACUAAUUAGAACAGUAGCAGAUGAAACUAAACCUAAGAAUGUGUGUUCUUCUAAGGAAACCUGGCAUGGGUCUGUGAAGAAGCCUUUACGAGGAGUUGUGAGAACCCAGCGUCGAAGGCGUUCCAAGUCUCCAAUUCUUCAUCCUCCCAAGUUUAUCCAUUGCAGCACAAAAUCACAUUCCACCUGCAACCAGCUAGUACACAAGAGCCAGACUGAUGCCCCGAGUGACAGCAGUGGGUUUGGGGUGGCAGUCCCAGCAGAAGGCUGUGCACACGAACAAUGCAGUGUUGCUUCUGAUGUUGACCCAAAGAGAGCUGAUGUCGAGUCUUUGGGAGCUUCUGUUCCACAGUCAGUUACACAGAACUCUCCAGCUGCUGUUUCCCUAGUGUCCAAGGCAAGCCUACAGACCUCAGAGCUUGCUGACUUCCAGUCCAUGUCCAAGCUGAACACCAACAAGCCAUGUACAUGUGCAGAUAAAGCCUGUCAGUGUAAACGAUGGCAAGAUAUGGAAGUGUACAAAUUCUCUGGCUUGCAGAACACCCUCCCAGUGGCACCUGAUAGAAGAACAGUUUCUGAGGAUCACACCCAGUCUUUGCCAUCAAGAACUCCUGCAAGUUCCCCACGUUCUUGCUCUGAGCAAGCCAGGGCCUUUGUGGAUGAUGUGACUAUUGAAGAUCUUUCGGGAUACAUGGAAUAUUACUUGUAUAUUCCGAAGAAAAUGUCUCACAUGGCAGAAAUGAUGUACACUUGACAGCAAAGAGCACUAAGACCAGAAGGGUGGGUGGUUUAAAUCUGCCCUCUUAGCACACUCAUGUGAGAUGCAACCCACUCCCUGCUCACUGUGCUUGCAAUAAAAACACUUCUUAGCAUCUUAGCUAAUGUUUGUUAUUUAAGCUGGACAAACAGGCUAGCUCAAGCUUUACAGUUUAAGCUUGAAAUAGAUAAUGAAGUAAACACUGUGAAUGUGUUUAGAGGGUACCUGCCUUUACAGAAGUGACCCAACAUUUGGGGAAAUUCUACAUUGUUUUCAAAGUCCUGUUUUGAUUUGUUUAGAGGGAAAUUUCUAGAUUGCUUGGUAAUUAGAGCUCUUACUGUGAGAAA